AUAAUUUAUUUAUAUUUUUGUUUUUUAUGUGUGGAUUAUUAGAUUUAUGUCUGGACUUUGACUGGUCCAUACUGACAUGACACAUGUAUUAUUUUGUUUAGGGUUUUUAUCUGUCUCCACUAUCAUGGCUGGAUGUAACUGUAGCUACCAAGGCACAUCAUUGCCAGACAUAUUGAGAUUAAAAUCAGAAAUUUUCUAGAAAAAAAGAUGGAAUUUUUUAAGCUCUAUAAGCCGAAAAUCUUCGAGAAAAAAACUUUGAAGUGUUAAAUUGAUACGAAUUUUCCAGAAAAUGCAGGAAAUGUCUAAGCUCCAAAAAUUUUAAAUUUGUAACAAAAAACUCAGGAUUUUUUUUUUUUAAAUUAAUCUCACAGAAAAAUCAAAUUAGUAUCUAUAAAAAGAGGUUCGAAAAUCAGAAAUGUCAAUGUUUUUUCGUUUUUUCUUGCAGAUUGUCAACUUUUCAAAUUCAGAAAUGUCCCGGGUUUUAUCCAGAACAUUUUAAAAAUGAAUCCGAGUUUUUUGGGUGAAAUGCACUCCUUUUUUUCCACCAACAGUGGCCUUAGUACGUCGUGAUAUUAAGAAGCACCUGUUGGAAGUUGACCUUUCAAACAUUUAAAAAUCAAUGUGACAUUACAGUAAUUCACGAAGUUGUCCAAAUUCAGGGUAUUUAGGUUUUUUAAUAACGUGACAAUGAUAACGUUCUCAUGAAUAAAUGGAGACAAAACUUUUUGUAUUUUCUAAUUCAUCCAUUCUCUAUGGCAGUUAAUCCAUGUUGGGUCAGUAGGAGGGUUGAGUUGGUGCGUUUUGGGAACCUACUGGACAGAAUCUAUCAGAGCCAGAUAUUUAUUUAUCUGACUAAAUGGGAGGUGAAGAAAUACAUUCGCAAACUCCAAUGGACCUCAACCGCUGCUGAACGGAUUUAUUUAUUUAGGGUUUUUUUUUUAAAACCAGCAGUGGAAGGGGAGGAGAUGGAGGCGUUUUCAUCCAAACCUUGGAGCCCGGUGUCAGUCACCCCUCAUUUCUCUGCGACCUCGGUGGCAGCAUGCGUGAACCCGAGCUGCGCGCAAACCGCGCAUCAGGACUGGCGCAAACCUCCCUCUGAAGUCUGAACUUUUCCGCUUUUCUUUUGCUCUCACCUUUCGCAGGUGUAACUCUUCACCAGAUCUCAUUUUUAGGGCGCUCUCACGUGGAUCGGAGCUAAAAUUACUCCUGCUUGUAGCUUGUGUAAAAUGCGCCCAACGUGAGAUCACCGGACGUUUUUCUUCCAUUUUAAUUUAAAGGUUGAAUCGUUGCAAGCAUGAGGGUUUUGAAGAUUCAGUGUUUUCUUCUUUGCGUUUAUUACUGCGUGCAAGAAGGAUUAUCGGGGGAUUUUAAGACGCACCUUAGGAGGAAUUUGCAAUUCCAGAGAACAAAACGUCAAAGCAAACCAGCAAAACCAGUGCUGAAGGUCACAGACUACCAUGUCAGGUGUUCGGUGGUGUCUCGUUACGCUGUCACAACGAUCCAGAGUUCGGUGUGGAACCAGCUGCCCAACACUAAAGAGGCAGCGUUUGAGGUGGACCUGCCCUCGUCAGCUUUCAUCUCCAACUUUACCAUAGCCUCCAAUGGUAAGGUGUAUGUUGCCCAAGUGAAGGAAAGAGCGGCAGCCAGGAAAAUUUACGACGCCGCUAAAAAGCAAGGAAAAACAGCCGGACUUGUCGCCACCAAAGAAAGGGAAAUCGAGAAGUUUCGUGUAGCAGUGAGCGUACCGUCAGGAACUCGGACGUCUUUCGUCCUGAUCUACGAGGAAUUGUUACCUCGUCGACUCGGCCGCUACGAGCUCAGUUUGGGUCUGAGGACCGGGCAGCCGGUGCAGAACCUCACGUUGGACGUCAGCAUACAUGAAAGAACGGGGAUCAGUUUCAUCAAAGCUCUUCCUCUGAAGACGAGUCGCCUGCUGUCAAACUCUGCCCAGGGUGACUCCAGCCCUCCUGCCUCCACUCAGGUUGAGCAGAGUGAUAAUUGUGCUAGAAUUUACUACAGCCCAACUGUACUGCAGCAAACCAGCGUAUCCUCCAAAGGGUUAAAUGCAGACUUCAUCAUUCAGUAUGAUGUGGAGCUUAAAGACCUCUUGGGUGAUGUUCAGGUGUAUGAUGGCUACUUUGUGCAUUACUUUGCACCAAGAGGGCUUCCAGUGGUCCCCAAGGAUAUUAUAUUUGUCAUAGAUAUCAGUGGGUCUAUGAUAGGCACCAAGAUAAAGCAGACCAAACAGGCGAUGAAUACCAUCCUUGGAGACCUUAGAGAAGGAGACCACUUUAACAUCAUCACCUUCUCAGAUAAGGUUCACACUUGGAAGAAAGGUCGAACAGUGCGAGCAACUCGGCAGAAUGUGAGAGAUGCCAAAGAGUUUGUGAGGAGAAUUAAUGCGGAGGGAUGGACAAAUAUCAACGCAGCUCUUCUAUCUGCUGCCCAGCUUGUUAACCCUUCAUCCUCUGGAUCCUCCAGCCGCCUUGCAUCCCAACGGGUUCCUCUGGUUAUCUUUCUGACAGAUGGUGAAGCAACCACUGGAGUGACAUCUGGUGACACCAUCCUUAAUAACGCCAAGAAGGCAUUGGGCUCAGUUACUCUGUUUGGCAUUGCCUUUGGCGAUGACGCAGACUUCCUUCUCCUUAGACGCCUGGCUUUGGAGAACCAAGGUGUGGCCAGGAUGGUGUAUGAGGAAGCAGAUGCAGCUUUGCAGCUAAAGGGUUUCUAUGAUGAAGUGGCCAACCCUUUGCUGUCAGACAUCCAGCUUUCCUACAUGGACGAUCAGGCGUUUGACGUCACCCAUACCCUGUUCCCAAACUAUUUCCAAGGCUCGGAGUUAGUUGUGGCAGGAAGGGUAAAACCUGGAGUCAAAGACUUAAAGGUGUCAGUCUCAGCAACUAAUUCAAAGCAUAACAUAAGCCUGGAAGAUAAUGUGCUUAUUUCCAGUGCAAAAGAAAAUGGGAGCACAGGUUUUCUAAAUUGUUCAGGAGAGUUGGAAGGAGUGUCCAACUUUGUGCGUCGUCUCUGGGCAUAUUUCACCAUCAAAGAGCUACUACUGGCCAAACUCAAUGCAACUGACCCUGCAACUCAAAGGUUACUGGCAGACAAAGCCACCAACCUCUCCCUCAAAUAUAACUUUGUGACCCCAGUCACUUCUUUGGUUGUUGUAAAGCCAGAUGCAGAUGAAGCAGCAUUGACCACUGUGCAACCCACAACUACUGGCACUACCACCACCACAGCAACAACAACAGCGUGUCCCACCGACAUGUUAACCGCUAGAGUUCCCAGAAAGCCCAGCCUUAGGUUACACCCACCUCAACAACCUGCAAAUAAACAGAAAACUAAGCCUUUGCCAGUGUCUCUGGCUAAAAUGAAGGCUCCACCAGCCAAAAAAACAGCCAUAAACCCAAGUUCCAGUCCCAUCAAAACUGCCCCAGCAACAAUCUCUGGAAAAAAACUUGCUGCCUCCCAGGAUGAUCCAAAAACACCCAUUCGUUCUCCAAAGUUAUCCACUUCUCUUCUAAAUGCUCUAAAAACCGCACAGCCUCCUGCUCCCGGCAAAACGACCACUAUCCCAACGUCAACGGCUAAGCAAACAUUGGAUACCAGCCCUUCACCACACCUCACUUCAUCCAGAACCGACCCUGCACCUGGAACAAGGAGAACCAGUCCUGGGAAAACAUCAGGGCCAGUUUCAGAGGUGGAGAACCGCACCAGAUCUGCCCCAGAUCUUCAUCAGUCCGAAACUACUCCUGUAGCAACACUGCGCUCGCCCACCCCAGCCUCACCGCCAGAUGUUGGACACAACAACUCAAAUCUGGAUGUUGAUACCAAUCUGAGCAUUGCCACCCUGGUGUUGGGUACCUUUGCUCCCAUGCCCGGUGUUACAGAUGGACCAGGACUGUGGGAAGCAGCUGGACUUCUGGAUGUCUCUGCCUCCAUUCAAAGUGAAGAAGAUCUGAAUCUUGUUACAGAUUAUGAUGCAACAUAUAAUUAUGACUACGAUAUCAGCUACGACACCUGGGAUGACAGCAGUGAUUCAUUUGUGCUUGGGAGUGAGGAGGACUGUCCUUUAGCUGAAUGUCUUGUCCUUUUAGAACCUCAAUCCAGACUCAACUCUGUGAGGCUCUUCUCCUCAUCAGUGGAUGGAGAUCCUCAUUUUGUGGUCCAACUUCCAAAGUUGCACCAGGAUCUGUGUUUCACUGUGGACGGCAGAGCCAAUGACGUUCUCAGACUUCUGGAGGAUCCAGAGCGAGGUAUCAUCGUGGACGGUCACCUGAUGGGGGCUCCCCCAAAGCCUGGAGCAGAAGGCCGUUCCCGAACGUACUUCGACCGGCUCACCAUCUCACUACCAGCUGGCAGUUCGGCUGACAUCAUAAUCACCUUGACGCUGGAUGGGGUGGUAGUGGAUGGAGAAGGACGGGAGAUCCUCCCCACCAAUCAGCAGGGAUCUGUGACCAGGCAGGGCGUGACUGUGACCGUGGACAACCAUCAGAGCUGCUGGAUCGAGCUGGCGAAAGGUGUGCGCUUCCUGGUGCUGUUCCAUCACUACAAACACCCCAACUACCUGCAGAUGGCUCACCUGGGGUUUUACAUCACAGAUGGAAGAGGGCUGUCAAGGUCGACCCAAGGCCUUCUGGGCCAGUUUCAGCACUCUGACAUGACUGUAACUGUGACGACCGAUCAUCACCCCAAAAACAAAGACAGGGUUCAAGCGAGGGGAAUGUUGAGGUGGGCAGCGCAGCAGAUGGACGUGACUUUACAGGACAAGACGGUGAAAGACUCGGUGCAAAAGCGCCACCUGGGCAAAUGCUGGGUGGUUCCCAAGGCGGAGAUCGAGAGACUGCUGAGUCACUCCUACGAGAGUUACGUGGUGAACAAUAUGUAACCCAAGCUGAGUUGGGCUACAUACCCAACUCAGCUCCACCUGUUGCUUGCCCACAGCACGGCUCAGGUACCAGGACCCACACAAAGGACGAAGCUGACUGAGAGUCUGCUGGAUAUGAACGACAGACACAGAGGCAGUUGUGAAACAGGAAGAACUGGGUGGUGCAGCUUGGAGGCAGAAAGAAGAAGUUAGGAAAAUAAUAGUUAAAAUCUACAGUUACUCAAAUACAGAACUGAACAGAGGCUCUGUAUCUCUCCCUGGAUUCGUUUUGUGUCUGUCACAGAGACUCAAUGUGCUUCUAGUUGCAUGGCAACAACAGAUCAUCUAUUUAUGCUGCCGCUUUGAAAGUUAUUUAUUGGAAUGAUCUUAUAUGUCGUUCUUUUACAAUGGCACAAUAGGUCUAUUGGAGAUAGAAAACAAUGAAGUACAUUUCUGCUAAAAAAUUUUCUAGCUGAUAGAGUUUGAAAAGUUGAAAAUUUGCUAGAAAAAACUCAAAUUUUUUAGAUUAAUCUGAUAUUUUUGUGAAACAAAAAACGAGUUUUAAGUCAAAAAUUUGCUAAAAAAGUUUCAGAAAUUUUCUAGAAAACAAAAGAAAAUUUCUGAGUUUGUAAAGUUGGAAAUUUGCUAGAAGUCCAGAAAUUUUGAGAAAAAUUUCAGAAAUUAAAAAAAAGUCAAAAAUACGCUAGAAAAAAAAUACUCAGAAAUUUCCACUUUUGCAACUCUAAAAAUUUCCAAGUUGAAAAUCUUUAGAUUUUUGAAAUUCUGAUCUUUUUUUUUUUCAAGAAAAUUUCUGCGAUUAACCCCUCAAAAAAAAUUUUCUUUUCUAGCAAUUUUUCCACUUUUCAAAUAGAAAUUUCCUUGUUUUUUUAGGAAAAGUUUCUGAGUUUAGUCUUAAAAUUUUGGGGGGGGGGGGGGUUUGUCAGAAAUAUACUCCUUUUUUUAUCUACAAUGGUCCUAAUAUGCCGUAGUAUUACUUUCUGUCUAAAUCAUAUGUAAUUUUUAAAAAAGCAUCACUCUGUGUAUGUAUGUGAAAUUAUAUUAUUCCCAGAAAAUGAAAAAGACAUUUGAGGCAGUUUUUCCAGGUUUGCCAUGUGCUUUUUAUUUUUCUAUCAUUUCAUUUCAUAGUUUAAUUGGUUUUAUUUGUUACACAAGACGUUAGGUAUUGUUCACAUACUAGUGAUCAAACAAGGACAGUAAGUUUUCUACUACUCAGCCUGGACUAUUUCUUUUGUCAGUUUUCGAGGGAUGUUGUUGAUAGUGGUUUUCAAAGGCCAUACUGGAUGAAAAUAAAAACAGCAACACCACAGAAGGCUUCUGUUCUCAGUAAAUAAAAAAGGAGAGGAUGAUGAGGAGAGAAAGAGGGAACAACAGGUAAA